UUUUAAUACUGAGCCGAGAACAACAUAGGUGCUGCUGUACGACUGUUUUAAUCUGGAUUAGUGUUUCUCUCUCUAGCCAGGACUCUAAUAAUCCGAUUAUUCAGUUCGCUUGGCGCUUUUUCAAGGGGGAGAAGAUGAUGGAGACGCGAAACAAGGGCUCCUCGGUUAUAUGGCGGUGUCUCGGCGCAUACCGUUACUGUUCAUGCUGGUUCAGGCGAUCUGCACUUCCGAAGUGAGGCUACGAGAGGCUAUCCGUGCUAUUAAAUCGAUUGGAAGUUUUUUCCUACGCCAUGCAAGGCAAGUCGAACGCGUCCCUAUGCAAAACGUGAGCAAAGUUAUUUUAACAGGGUUUCUAUUCUAGUCAGUCCACUGCAGUGCAUCCCUGUGCAGUAUUCGGACAUAUAGAAUGCUGCGCUCUGCUCUGCAGUCAGACUGCGGCUUUGACAGAGUUUUGAGAGCGAAAUCGAAAGACGACUGAUUUUAAUGAGAGUGACUUGGGUCUUUUUCCAUACCUGUCAAUCAACGGGGAUAGCGGUAUCGACUAUAGCCUACAUUAUGGGUCCUUCAUUGUCGUUUUGAUGGUGUUCAGAGUCCUGUGGUUGAGUGAUGACUCAGACUGGGGAAGAGAAUGCUACUCACCGUGCAGCACCCACUGAUCCCCAGCACCACCCCAGCACCAUGUCUUACUACCCUACAGCCAACCACCGUGUUUGGGGGACCACGUCUCCAGGAACGGGGGACCACGUCUCCGAAUCAGGCCUGGGGCUAGGUUUGGGGCUGGAGCCAGGUCAGGGACGCCGCUCCUCGGGCUUCCACAUCCCCCUCUCCCCCUCCUCUCCGGGCUCCCUGGCUGACCUGGCAAUGGCCUCGUCGCCACCCCCCGGCCUGGUGAAGUCCUCCUCCACAGAGCUGCAGACCAAAGAGACUGGUUCCUUGAGAAGCUCCAAACCCCUCCUCAGCCUGGUCAAGUCCCUCUCCACCGAGAUCUCCCACCUCGAGCAUGAGGUCUACCUCUCCAAGUCGGACUCCAAGCUCCACAUGCACCCCUGGAAGCAGUUCACCCAGACCCAACCCAAGCUCCAGGAGGCUGGUUUUGGGAAUGAUAGCUGGAUGGCACCCCCGUCCCCCGUUUCCCCCACGGAGCCCAAAGGAAGUUCCCUGAUGACCGAGUUCGAGGACACGCGGAGGAAGUUCUCGGAGGCCAUACAGGACCCCAUGAGCAUGUGGGGUAAAAUGAUGGGGGACGAGUCGAGCUUGGGGAGCCCCAAACAGAAGGUGUCUGGGGGGGUCGGGGACUCACCUGCCUCCCUUGGUAGCUGUGGAGGUGGUGGGAGUGGGACCCCAUUGAACAUUGAAGAUGGGAGCACAGAGACACAAGUAAGAUACAGACGUGGAACAGACAGUGAACUGGGUGUGUGUGAAACCCCACUAAGGAGACCCAGGAAGGGCCUUCUGAAGCCCUCACUUUCCCCAGAGCACCAUAGCCAGCUGGGGGAUAGCCUCUACGAGAUCUGCACCAACGGAGACCUCAUCCAGGUGGUAGAGGUCCAGGGGGUCGGAACCAGUGGAGCUGGUAACAGAGGUCAGCAUCGAGGAACCCAUCCCCAGGCUCGAGGCAGGAUUCCUGGGGUUCCUGUAGCCUCAGUGCCUGUCCGCUGGCUCUUGUUUGUGGGCGUACUUGCCUAUGGGUUCUUUGUGCUCCCUCUGCCCUCCUAUGUGACUGGGCUGUCCCUGGGGCUAGCAUGUGGGUUCCUGUUAGGGUUGGUGGUGGUCCUGGUGUUAACGCCACGUCCGCGCUCCAGAGCUUUGCCCCCCUGGGGCACUACAGGGGCCCGGUGGUCCCAAGACAACAGCCUGCUGCCCUCUGACCCUGUUGGUGGGCCGCGCACAGAUGCAGAAGUCCUGGAGGGCUGGAUGAACGAGAUGCCCGUGUACGACCCAGAGACCUACCACCCGUCGCUCACCCACUCUGUGUAUGCCACCCUGGAGGGCAGCCGCCUACGCCUGGCCUACCCCCGCACCAACAUCCCCCGACAGGCAGCCUUCGACGAACCGCCCCAUGAAGUCGUGUUCCUGCGCUCGCGCUGCUACCAGCUGGCCAACUGCAAGGUCUCCCUGUUGCCUGCUGCCUUGGCACGGAAGAGAGUUUGGAAUAAGAAGUACCCUAUCUGUAUCAUACUGGCCGAGGGAGAGGUGGGGAGAGAGGAGGAGGAGGAGAGAGUGGAAGAGGGGCAAGAGGAGGAGGAGGAGGAGGAGAGGACAGACAAGCAGACACUCCCAGACACACAGACACAGGGCCUCCCCGACACUCUCUACCUUUUUGGUCGUACAGGAAGAGAGAAGGAGGAUUGGUUCCAGCACUUCCUGUUAGCCUCGAAGUCAGAGUUCAAGAGCAGCCCGAUCAGAGACGUGCCGAAGUCUGAGGUGUUAUGCAGUGGGAGCUCCAGUAUGGACAGUACGGAGCACCUGCCCUCUCUGAUUGGUCUGCGUGAUCUGGUGGACUACGGCUCCUACAUGAGCCGCCUCAUUGGCUUAGAGGGUAGCAGUCCCAGUCCCAGCCCCAGCCCCUGCCACAGUGACCAGGGAAGCCCCACAGCCAGGAAGAGGUUCCCCAGUGAGGAGGCAUCAGCAGAGGGGGGCUGCCCAGCAGAGGGCCAACCGGCCUGGGUCAAUGCCCUGGUGGGGAGGAUCUUCUGGGACUUCCUCCGGGAGAAGUACUGGGUGGACCUGGUGGCCCACAAGAUCCAGAAGAAGCUGAGUAAGAUCAGGUUGCCGUACUUUGUGAAUGAACUGAAGUUGGCUGAUCUGGACAUGGGUACCUGCAUACCUCAGGCGCUCAGCAUCUCCAAACCCUCACUGGACCACAGAGGCCUGUGGUUGGAGAUGGAGGUGGUGUAUACAGGCUGCCUACAGAUGACCCUGGAGACGAAGUUGAACCUGUGUAAACUGGGGAAGGAGAAGUCCAUUGGGGUGGAUGCUGACGGACACAUCCCAGAGACUAGCCAAGUAGGCUCCAAGCCCAGGCUGUGUGUAUUAGCUGACAGUGAUGAGGAGUCCUCCAGUGCCGACUCGUCUGAUGAGGAGGAGGUGCCGCCUACUGAACCCCAGGGAACUCUGGGAGAUAAGAGCACAGGCACGCCACCACCACCAGCGACUGAUGGUGGGAGUGGUGGGAGCACCGGCAGACGGUUCCUGAGGUUCGUGGACAAGAUCGCCUCGUCCAAGUACUUCCAGAAGGCCACGGAGAACGAGUACAUCAAGAAGAAGAUCGCUGAGGUCUCCAACAUGCCACUGAUGCUCACUGUGGAAGUUCUAGAACUCUCAGGGACUCUGGCUGUCAACAUUCCACCUCCCCCUACUGACAGGAUAUGGUACAGUUUCCGUGUGCCUCCCAGGCUGGACCUGCGUGUGCGUCCCAUGCUAGGAGAGAGGGAGGUCACCUUCACACACGUCACAGAGUGGAUUGAGAAGAAGCUGAGUCGAGAGUUUCAGAAGGAGUUUGUGAUGCCCAACAUGGAUGACCUCUAUCUUCCUCUCAUGUCCUCCGUGCUGGACAACCCUCCAGCAGCCCAGCAUUCUCCAGCCCACUCCUCACGCCGCUCCUCCAACGACUCCCAGUACUACGUGUCUGAAUAGCGCCUUACUGUGGCAGUGGAUGGAGAAGAAAAUCAAUGGAAAACCAGUGGGCAUGGAUCCACAGUGGAUUCUGAGCAGAUAGGGCUUGGUUCAGUCCUAGCUUGUGAGGGAUGGUCAUAGUGAAGCCUGUCAGGGAUGGUCAUAGCGAAGCCUGUGGCGGGCACGUACAACAUGGCAUGACUGGACAGUGGCAUGCAGGAGAUAGUGGCAUGUAGGAGAUAGUGGCAUUGCUAUGUUCUGAACAGCAAGAGGGACUGGUAUAAUCGCAUAGAGCCUGUUAUAACGCCCAGCCCUACUGACUAAACUUAGACAGCACUUUGCAAUAGAGACGUGACCUGCGAUAGUCCUGUAAUGAACCAGGCUGAUGUUUAUUGGGAUGAGUCUUCUCCGUGAGGCAGAACUGAACGAUUUCCACUAGAUGGAACAGCAAAAAUUCUAAAUUGGCUGUAUUGUAAAAAUGCAUACACAAAAAUUGGCUUUUUGGUCUUAAUUUAAGUUUAGGGUUAAGGAUAGGUUUUCAAAUCAGAUUAUGACUUUGUGGCAGUGCCAGUAAGUGACCACUCUGCAUAGCUUCCUCCAGAACAAAAUACACUAAGCUGUGUAAUGAAGACAGUGAGUCCCAGUUGGCACCAUAUAUAGAUAUAUCAUAGGUUGCAACCAUGUGUGAUAACAUUCCACCAAUUCCACUCGUUGUUAACACAAGCCCAUUCUCCGCAAUUAAGGUGCCACCAACCCCCUGUGCUAUAUGGUGCACUGCUUUUGACCAGGGCCCUGCUAUGGUAAUGCACUACAUAUGGAAUAGGGUGCCAUUUUGAAUAAAACAGCAAUAGGUAGAUAUGGUCACUUGAAGGAAAGUGAAUAUGGGCAUUACUGGUAUGAACUGUCACUGUACGAUGACUAUGCUGAAUCAGUUUGUCCUCAACUCUUGAAGGUGAGCGUUGUACUCAUGUUGUCCAGUGGGCUGGCCAGAACAUUGGUGUGUUACUGGCCUGACAAAAUGGACUCCCUGAACAGAUCCUAUUUUAAAAGUGAUUGUAGCCCAGAGAAGAUUCCUAGGAGAUUAUUGGUUCUCUAAAACAUUCAUCAUCAAAUGGCUUUCUGAGUGGAUUUUUGGACAGCGUACCCCCCCCUCUUCAUUCAUCAACUAACCGACAAUAAAGCAUGUAGAAAUGGACAGGCUAUCAAGAUAAUGUGGGGAAAAUAAAACUUGAUAAAAAUACAGUACAAAUACAUGAUUAAGAUUU